AUGGAUAGGCCGAACUCUGCACCCAUUCCUAUUCCGCGGGUGGGGGCAGCCAGGUCCAAGCCUUCACCCCAGUCUUUGGUGUCUUCAGCAUCUCUUCAGCCACCGCCACGCUCCAUGCCACCUGCAGCGCCUCUUCAGCCACGGCCACGCUCCACGCCGCCUGCAGCAGCAGCAGUUUCAGUCCCAGUGCCCUCAGCUCCUCCUCCCUAUGUAGUUUUGGUCCCAUCAGCUUCCUCCCAGUCAGAGUCGCAGCUAGCUGCAGUAGCCCCUCAGUUUCAGCCAGCGUCCCUAGUGUCAGCUCCAACAGCUGCCCCGGACUCCAAGCAGUCCCACUCAGAGUCCCAGCUGUCUAGGGAGACAGCUGUGCGCCCUGCACUGCAGCCUUGGCCCGCUCAGCCGUCAGGGGUUCCCGCUCAGACCGAGCCGCCAGGGGUUCCCGCUCAGUCCGAGCCGUCAGGGGUUCCCGCUCAGACAGAGCCGUCAGGGGGUCCCGCUCAGACCAAGCCGUCAGGGGUUCCCGCUCAGACCGAGCCGCCAAGGGUUCCCGCCCAGUCCGAGAGGUCAGGGGUUCCCGCUCAGACCGAGCCGUCAGGGGUUCCCGCUCAGACCGAGCCGUCAGGGGUUCCCGCUCAGUCCGAGCCGUCAGGGGGUCCCGCUCAGACCGAGCCGUCAGGGGUUUCCGCUCAGUCCGAGCCCUGUGUGCUCCAUGUCUAA